CGACAAAACGCUCAACGCUUCAGUCGAGUUUGAAACUUACACUCAAGCGGAGUUGUAAAUAGUUGUUCGAGUUGUUGGCUCGUACUCAAACUGUAGAAAAAUGUAAAAAGUCGACUAAAACAUAAUAUUUGUUUGCCUGCAAAUUCUUUUCGAUUUUAAGUUGUAAACGAAAAACGAAACCGAAACCGUAACCGAAAAUAUUUAGAAAAGUAAAACCAAACGGUUUGUAGCUUCUUGCUUUGUAGUAGAAACGAAAUAAAACGCGUAGAAAUCGAAUCAACGUAACGAAAAGUUAACUUAAGAAUCAAGCUAAUUUCUGGUGCGUAUAACUCCAUUAGAAGGCAAUUAGCAUAGCGUACUAUAUAUACAUAUAUAUAUAUACUAUAUAGAACCACGUAACGUUAACGAGAGAUAUUGCAGCAGAAGUGCCAACAAUAAUUCAAUCACAACCCGGCAGCAGCAGCAAAGCAAGAAAAAGAAGGGAAGAAACAACACUCCAAGUGGCAAGUGGCAAGUGAGAGAGUGACGCGGUCGUGACGCGAAGCAAAAAUCUACCACUCACUCUUGCUUCCCUCCACCCCUGAUCCACUGCUCACAGAUUUCUGCCUGGGGGGCGGUGAACACAGAACGCAAACUAACUAGAAAACUUUCUCAAAACACUCGAAUAAAGCGGCAAACGUGCGCGUUGGAAAAAACAAAGUUCUUCUUCGAUUUUUGUUUCCGACUCAGUUAUAGAUACGAACUGCAGAUAAAAUUGUAGUUAUCGAGAGAGACACACACUAAACGAAUAGCAAAUCUUAACGCGAGUGCUUUAAGCAGGAUGUCCUCCUCGAUGCCAUUGACCAUGGACCAGCAGCAGCGACGCUCGAUCUGGCCCACCUUCAUCCUGUCGCUGUUGUUGCUCCAGAAAACAGCGAGUGCCAUCGAUUUGAGUCGAUUGUAUGGCCAUAAAGCGGAUCCAUCUGAGAAGCGCAAUGAACCCUGCCAUGCGUACGAACCAUUCAAGUGUCCCGUCGAUGGUAAUUGCAUUUCCAUACAAUAUUUAUGCGAUGGUGCGCCCGAUUGCUCCGAUGGCUAUGAUGAGGAUAUGCGUCUUUGCACAGCGGCCAAGCGUCCGCCGGUGGAGGAGACUGCAUCCUUUUUGCAAAGCUUAAUCGCCUCACAUGGACCCAAUUAUCUGGAGAAACUAUUUGGCAGCAAGGCACGUGACGCCCUUGCCCCAAUGGGAGGCGUUGAGCCGGUGGCCAUUGCUUUGAGUGAAUCACAAACGAUUGAGGACUUUUGCGCCGUUUUGCAUCUAAUGAAAUCCGACUUGGAGCACUUGCGUUCUGUUUUUAUGGCUGUGGAAAAUGGAGACUUGGGCAUGUUGAAAUCGCUGGGCAUCAAGGAUUCCGAAUUGGGUGAUGUCAAGUUCUUUUUGGAGAAAUUGGUCAACACUGGUUUCCUUGACUGAGUAGCGCCUGAUCCGGCUUCUGGAUUUUACUAUUCACAUGCACAGCCCAUUAAUCCUAGUUUUUACUCAUACUUCGGUACUCCAUACGACAAUUACAACAAUUAAAAAUGUAUUUUUUGUUUACACACAGUCAUAUACACACACAUCUACAGUCAUAAAUGAAAUAUUUUCUCAAAACGCUCGUAAUUUUAUUGAUUUCAACAACAAAUCUUUUUAGUUUUAUGCUAAUUAUUUCAAAAUUAUGCUUUUAUUAUUUUGAUUCAAAUGAAACUUUUUAUAGAAAAUACACCGAAAAAACGCAACAAAAAUAUGAAAAAAAAAUGCAAAAUCAUAGAAAAAAAAAACCGAGAAAAAAAAUCAUAGUACUAAUAUAGGAACUAUUUUGGUUAACGACAAAAGCUACAAAAUACGAAAUGCAAAAAAAAACCAAUGCGAAAAAUCGUCUAAACUAUUCUACAAAUGCUUUCUCCCAAAUUUCUUCUGCGCUCUUUCAAUCGAUCUCUCAGUUCAUUUUGUGUUGAAAACUUCGUCAAAUUUUGAGAAAAUUAACGCGCAUCCCUUCAGUGACUAACCCAAAAAAAAUUUCGAAAACGAAAACCAACAUUACAAUGAAAAAUUCAUGAAAUGAUUAACUAAAAUGCAAACAAAAAUUUAGGAAGCAGGAUCGUUGGGCAAAAGAAAAAAAAUCAAGUAAUACAAAAGAAAAAUAUUAUAAUAACUAAAUACAAAACGAAAAAUCGAUAUUAAUGAUUAUGAUACGAAAUCUCUUUCUUAAAUGUAUAUGUAUGUGUUAACAGACUUUAAUCGAUCUAUUUAAGUACGUGUUUCAAGAUGCCUCACAAAAACUUUCUAGUUUCAAUAAUCCCCUAAAACACACACAAAAGGUAUUCACUUAAUCCUGAAAUCCUAAGUGUUUCAACUAUUCGCUAUAAAUGGAAACCAAAUGCUAUCAGUAAAGAACCUUCCAAUAAACCAAUAUCUAGUCAAUUUUUGAGAACACUUCUUUUCUAUAUCAACUUAUUAUAUACUCGUAUAAACGCAACUAUAUAUAUUUACCUAGAUGUAGAAAAUAUCGUCUAGAACUUAGUGUAAUUGUAUAUCCUACUAGCAAAGCCCCUGCAGCUAUUGUUGUUGUAAUGAUAUAGAAAUGAUAGAACACUUAAUCGCAUAUAUAUAUAUAUAUAUAUAUCAGGUGGCAAAUGUCGGGCUACUGAACACGAAAACACAACCAAACACACAAAAUUGUCGAGUUGCAUAAUUAACGAAUUCAAAAUGCGAACAAAACGGAACAAAAUACAUAUAUAUAUAUAUGAAAACAUAUCAAUGUUAUUAUUAUUAUUAUUACUAAUAUAUAAGAUGUUACUCAACACUUUUUUCGAAUCUCUAACCAAUAACAAGAAAAAAACGAUAAAAAAAAAAAAUAGUAACCAAAAUGAAACUCAUGAGAUUAUGAUGGAUUAUUUUAGUGGCCAAUUUUGAAACUACCUCGAAGCUGACCCCUUUGGAAAACGAUCUAUAACAAAUGGUAUAAGAAACUCAACCACAAAAUUGGCUACUAAAACAAAUGAUUUUAGUUUGCACUUGACUAACUUUUGCUUACCUAUUCAACUAGAUUAUUUAAUUCGAAAAUAUUAUGUGAAAUGAAAGAGCACGGAAUUGUUAAUACGAAAUGGGAAAUAUCUUUGCGCAUACCCGGAAAAAGGGGCGUGUGCAAGGUAGUUCAGUUCGAUGCAAAGCAAGUAAACGAACCCAACGUUCUACGAAACGCAGAUGAAAAACGAAAACACAUCAAAAAUUAUCAACAAAUUACAAACUAAAUAAUGGAGUUAUAAGUACCUUGAAUUAGCUGGUAGAAAACAAA